AUGGCACCCAACAUUAGCAACCUCAAGGUGCAUGAGAAGGGAGCCAGCGACCCUAUUGUCCAGAGACUUGCUCAGGAAGACAGAGUUCCAUGGUACAGGAAGCCUAAUCUGCGAUCUCUGUACUUCCUACUUCUUCCAACAUGCAUGGGCAUCGAGAUAACGAGCGGGUUCGACUCUCAGAUGAUUAAUGCACUUCAAAUAUCGGACCACUGGCAAGACUACUUCCAUGAACCCAAAGGAUCCUGGUCUGGGUUCAUCAACGCCUCUUAUUCUCUGGGAGCUAUCCUGAGUUUACCUCUUGUUCCUAUAAUCAACGAUCGAUUCGGCCGUCGAUGGGCGAUAUUCAUUGGCUCUUGGGUCAUGGUAGCUGGGGCGAUUGUUCAGUGCUUUGCGCAGAAUGCUGGAAAUUACAUCUUUGCCCGUAUCAUGUUGGGAUUUGGGAUUCCCACCUGCAUCGUCGCUGCGUCUGCCUUGAUCGGCGAGCUAGGCUACCCAAAGGAACGACCUGUUCUUACCUCUCUCUUCAACGUCUCAUACUUUGUCGGGGAGCUCACGGCCGCCGGGAUCUGUUUUGCAACCAACACCAUCGCAAGUAACUGGUCCUGGAGGACGCCGUCCAUCCUCCAGGCCGUACCAUCCUUGAUCCAAAUAUCGUUGGUUCUCUUGCUCCCUGAAAGCCCAAGGUGGUUGAUCAGCAAAGACCGGCAUGAGGAGGCUCACGAGAUCCUGACCAAGUAUCACGCCGAGGGCGACCGCAACUCGGAGUUCGUGCGGGCCGAGAUGGCACAGAUCCGCGCAACCCUCCACAUGGAAAUCGAGGCGUCUAAGAAGUCGUGGCUGGACCUCUUCACUACCGCCGGAAUGCGAAGGCGUGUCGUUCUAUCAACUGCACUCGGCUUGUUCACUCAGUGGAGUGGCAACACAUUGAUCAGUUACUACCUUGGAAAGCUGCUCAAAAUGAUCGGGUGGACCAAGUCGACCGACAUUCAAAAAGUCAAUGUCGGUCUUUCAGCAUGGUCUCUCAUCACGGCUGGCACAGCAGCGCUCUUGGUCACCCGAUUCCGCCGAAGGGUAAUGUACAUGACGUGCGCCAUAUCGCUGCUCUGCGUCUACAUCGCGUGGACCAUCUGUAUGGAGGAGACCAUGACAUCGGACGCCGCCGGCCAUAUCAACCACGGCGCCGGAAUCGGCGUCAUAUUUUUCAUAUUUGCCUACAAACCGGCGUACAACAUUGGGUACAAUGCUCUGACCUACACGUACCUGGUAGAAUUGUGGCCGUUCGCCGAGCGGUCUCGUGGCAUUGCAUACUUUCAGUUAUGGGGAAGACUAGCAGCUUUCUUUACGACUUUUAUCAAUCCUAUUGGCCUCGAGAACAUCAAGUGGCGCUGGUUGAUCUUCUACUGUUGCUGGCUUGGUUUCGAAAAUGUCUUUAUCUACUUCCUCUUCCCCGAAACCUAUGGGAGGACCUUGGAGGAACUUGCUUUCAUCUUUGAAGAUAAAGAGAAGUCCGACAGGGCAGUUGCGGCGGUUGAGAAAGCAAGAGCCGGGCUUGAUGACGAUGAGAAUGAGAAACGUGUUGAGACCAUAGUUGAGCACGUCGGCGAUCGAACUUAG